CUGAUUGGCUUCGGUACUGGCGCCUAUCUCGGCCCCCGCGCCAGUUUCGGGCUGCUUGGCGCGGAAUCGGGAGACUGCCUGACCAUGGCGCCAGUCCACGGCGACGACUGCGAACUGGGCACCAGCGCUGUGUCAGAUUCAGGGAGUUUUGUAGCUUCUCGAGCUCGUCGAGAAAGAAAAUCGAAGAAAGGACGCCAAGAAGCUUUAGAGAGACUGAAAAAGGCUAAAGCUGGUGAGAAGUAUAAAUAUGAAGUUGAGGACCUCACAAGUGUUUAUGAAGAAGUUGAUGAAGAGCAGUAUUCGAAACUGGUUCAGGCACGUCAGGAUGAUGACUGGAUCGUGGAUGACGAUGGUACAGGCUAUGUGGAAGAUGGCCGGGAGAUUUUUGACGAUGACCUUGAGGAUGAUGCACUUGACACCUCUGGGAAAGGAAGUGAUGGCAAAGCACACAGAAAGGACAGGAAGGAUGUAAAGAAACCUUCAGUGACAAAACCAAACAAUAUCAAGGCAAUGUUCAUUGCUAGUGCUGGGAAGAAAACUGCAGAUAAAACAGUGGACUUGUCCAAGGAUGAUCUGCUGGGUGACAUUCUACAGGAUCUGAACACCGAGAUACCUCAAAUAGCUCCACCACCUGUAUUGAUACCAAAGAAAAAAAGAUCCACUGGAGCUUUGCUCAAUCCUUUCUCAGUGCACACCUCUAAGGCAAUUCCUUCAGGAAAACCUGCUUCCCCUGUCCUCAGGAAGGAGCCUCUGUUAACUCCCAUUCCUCUGAAAUGUACUGAAUUUGCUGGAGAGCUGGCCCAGCCAGAGUGUCCAGAAGAUGAGCAGGAGUCAGGGAUAAUGGAGUUUGAAGAUGGUGACUUUGAUGAGCCCAUGGAAGCUGAGGUAGAUGGGGAGCCUCUGACUGCCAAGACUUGGGACCAAGAGAGUGAGCCAGUAGAGAGGGUGAAACAUGAGACAGAUCCUAACAAAGGGACCACGUCUUUCUUAGAAAGUUUUGUCCCAGAUGUCUCUUGUUGGGACAUGGACCAGGAGGAUGAAAACAGUUUCUUAGCUCAGGAAGUCCAAGUGGAUUCCAAUCAUCUUCCAUUGGUAAAAGGGGCAGAUGAUGAACAAGUGUUUCAAUUUUAUUGGCUGGAUGCUUAUGAAGAUCCGUACAAUCAACCAGGUGUGGUUUUUCUGUUUGGCAAAGUAUGGAUUGAAUCAGCCCAAACCCAUGUGAGCUGUUGUGUUAUGGUGAAAAACAUCGAGCGAACACUUUAUUUUCUUCCCCGUGAAAUGAAAAUUGACCUAAACACAGGCGAAGAAACAACAACUCCAGUUACAAUGAAGGAUGUUUAUGAAGAAUUUGACUCAAAAAUUGCAGCAAAAUAUAAAAUAAUGAAGUUCAAGUCCAAGACAGUGGAAAAGAACUAUGCUUUUGAGAUACCUGAUGUUCCAGAAAAAUCUGAGUACUUGGAAGUUAGAUACUCGGCGGAAAUGCCACAGCUUCCACAGCAUUUAAAAGGUGAAACAUUUUCUCAUGUAUUUGGAACCAACACAUCUAGCUUGGAACUGUUCUUGAUGAACAGAAAGAUCAAAGGACCUUGUUGGCUUGAAGUAAAAAAUCCACAGCUAUUGAAUCAGCCAAUCAGUUGGUGUAAAUUUGAGGCAGUGGCUUUGAAACCAGACCUGGUGAAUGUAAUUAAAGAUGUCAGUCCUCCUCCACUUGUGGUAAUGUCUUUCAGCAUGAAGACAAUGCAAAAUGUAAAGACCCAUGAGCAUGAGAUUAUUGCGAUUGCAGCUCUGGUCCAUCACAGUUUCCCAUUAGAUAAAGCACCUCCAAAGCCUCCCUUUCAGACGCAUUUCUGUGUUGUAUCUAAACCAAAGGACUGUAUUUUCCCAUGUGCUUUCAAAGAAGUCAUUAAGAAAAAGAAUAUGAAGGUUGAAAUUGCUGCAACAGAAAGAACUUUGCUAGGAUUUUUCCUUGCAAAAGUUCACAAAAUUGAUCCUGAUAUUCUUGUUGGUCAUAAUAUUUGUGGUUUUGAACUGGAAGUGCUACUGCAAAGAAUUAAUGUGGGCAAAGUUCCUUACUGGUCCAAGAUAGGUCGACUGAGGCGAUCCAACAUGCCAAAACUUGGGAGCCGGAGUGGAUUUGGUGAAAGAAAUGCUACCUGUGGCCGAAUGAUAUGUGAUGUGGAAAUUUCAGCAAAAGAAUUGAUUCAUUGUAAAAGCUACCAUUUGUCUGAACUUGUUCAACAGAUUUUGAAAACUGAGAGGAUUGUAAUUCCAGCAGAAAAUAUACGAAAUAUGUAUAGUGAAUCUUCUCAUCUGUUGUACCUGUUGGAACAAAUCUGGAAAGAUGCCAGAUUCAUUUUGCAGAUCAUGUGUGAGCUAAAUGUUCUUCCAUUAGCAUUGCAGAUCACUAACAUCGCCGGGAACAUUAUGUCCAGGACACUGAUGGGUGGACGAUCUGAACGAAACGAGUUCUUGUUGCUUCAUGCAUUUUAUGAAAACAACUAUAUUGUGCCUGACAAGCAGAUUUUCAGAAAAUCUCAGCAAAAACUGGGAGAUGAAGAAGAGGAAAUUGAUGGAGAUACCAGUAAAUACAAGAAAGGACGUAAGAAAGCAGCUUAUGCCGGAGGCUUGGUUUUGGAUCCCAAAGUUGGUUUUUAUGACAAGUUCAUUUUGCUCCUGGAUUUCAACAGUUUAUAUCCUUCCAUCAUUCAGGAAUUUAACAUUUGUUUUACAACAGUACAAAGAGUUGCUUUAGAGGUGCAGAAAGCUACAGAGGAUGAGGAACAGGAACAGAUCCCUGAGUUGCCAGAUCCAAACUUAGAUAUGGGCAUUUUGCCCAGAGAGAUCCGGAAACUGGUCGAGCGGAGAAAACAAGUGAAACAGCUAAUGAAACAGCAAGAUUUAAAUCCGGACCUUGUUCUUCAGUAUGACAUCCGACAGAAGGCUCUGAAGCUCACGGCCAACAGUAUGUACGGUUGCCUGGGAUUUUCCUACAGCAGAUUCUAUGCCAAACCACUGGCUGCCUUGGUGACAUACAAAGGAAGGGAGAUUUUGAUGCAUACAAAAGAGAUGGUACAGAAGAUGAAUCUUGAAGUUAUUUAUGGAGAUACAGACUCAAUUAUGAUAAAUACCAAUAGCACCAAUCUGGAAGAAGUAUUUAAAUUGGGAAAUAAGGUAAAAAGUGAAGUGAAUAAAUUGUACAAGCUGCUUGAAAUAGACAUUGAUGGUGUUUUCAAGUCUCUGCUGCUGCUGAAGAAAAAGAAAUAUGCUGCUCUGGUUGUUGAACCAACAUCAGAUGGGAAUUACGUUACCAAACAGGAGCUAAAAGGAUUAGAUAUAGUUAGAAGAGACUGGUGUGAUCUUGCCAAGGACACUGGAAACUUUGUCAUUGGCCAGAUUCUUUCUGAUCAAAGCCGGGACACCAUUGUGGAAAACAUUCAGAAGAGGUUAAUAGAAAUUGGAGAAAAUGUGCUAAAUGGCAGUGUCCCAGUGAGUCAGUUUGAAAUUAACAAGGCAUUGACAAAGGAUCCCCAGGAUUAUCCUGAUAAAAAAAGCCUACCUCAUGUACAUGUUGCCCUGUGGAUAAAUUCUCAAGGAGGCAGGAAGGUGAAAGCUGGAGAUACAGUGUCCUAUGUCAUCUGUCAGGAUGGGUCAAACCUCCCUGCAACUCAGAGGGCCUAUGCACCUGAGCAGCUGCAAAAACAAGACAAUUUAACCAUUGACACCCAAUACUACUUGGCCCAGCAGAUCCACCCUGUCGUGGCUCGGAUCUGUGAGCCAAUAGAUGGAAUUGAUGCUGUCCUCAUUGCAGUGUGGCUAGGACUUGACUCGACUCAAUUUAGAGUUCAUCAGUAUCACAGAGAUGAAGAGAAUGAUGCUCUACUUGGUGGUCCAGCACAGCUGACUGAUGAAGAGAAAUACAAGGACUGUGAAAAAUUCAAAUGCCUUUGUCCUACAUGUGGAACUGAAAAUAUUUAUGAUAAUGUCUUUGAAGGCUCGGGAAUUGAUAUGGAGCCCAGCCUGUAUCGUUGCAGUAAUGUUGAUUGUAAGGCUUCACCACUCACCUUUAUGGUACAGCUGAGCAACAAAUUGAUCGUGGACAUUAGACAUUGCAUCAAAAAGUACUAUGAUGGCUGGCUGAUAUGCGAGGAGCCAACAUGUCGCAGUCGCACUCGACGUCUUCCCCUUCAUUUCUCCCGAAAUGGGCCUCUUUGUCCAGUCUGCAUGAAAGCUGUACUUAGGCCAGAGUAUUCUGACAAGUCCCUGUACACCCAGCUGUGCUUUUACCGGUACAUUUUUGAUGCGGACUGUGCACUGGAGAAACUUACUGAACAUGAGAAAGAUAAAUUGAAGAAGCAGUUCUUUACCCCCAAAGUUCUUCAGGACUACAGAAAAGUCAAGAACAUAGCAGAGCAGUUCUUGUCCUGGAGUGGCUACUCUGAAGUGAACCUCAGCAAGCUCUUCGCCAAUUAUACUGGGAAGUACUGAGAGACCCAGGAGCAAGCAAGAAGGCCAGCUGGCCGAAUCUCAGCUUCUGAGCGCUCCGCUUGCCUUUACUGCUUCGCCAGUAUCUUGCUUUUCUUUCGAGGAUUGCAUGUUGUGUUCGUGUCGAUGUGGACCAGGAUGGAAGUGUAAAAAUAUUUAACCUGCCAAACAGUCUUCGUAGCACACUGUGCCACCGAACUCUUUGCCAAGUACCUGAAGACCUAUCUUAUUGGGGACUGGGUUUCUGCAGGGCAGAAAUUGCUACUUUAAGAGACCUAAGUGACCUUCAGUUUGCGCUGAGGCUGUAGCAGGGACACCCCUAAAAAGAGUUGUGGAGACUAGUGGGAGUUCUAACAUUUUGCUUCUUCACGUGUCAAUUAAACACAGUCUAUAUCCAAAUACUUGUUCAGCUACUAGUUGCAAGCAUGACUGUUUUCAGUGCUGCCUUUCACAUAAGUGGUGUGGGGGUGGGGGGUAGGAAUUUUGCACUUAUUAAAUAGACUAUACAAAGCACACAUGUUCAUUGAAUUGUUCAAAGUCCAACACUGAGCAGGUGUUUCAUACUCCCAUUCUUUAUGUUUUCCCUUUAUGUAGAAUGUUGAGAGUGAAGGUUUAUACAACGGGAAAGCACAUUUUGGAUACUUUACCCUAACAUUUCACAAAACCCCUGGGGAGAUUGUGGUGUGGAUCACUCUGUUACAUUCAGAAGAAUGGGAGGCAGCUAGCAGGACCUGGGACCUGGUGCUUGCUAUGUCCCAUCCAUUCUUCAGAAUGGCAUUCUCCUUGCCAUCGAUAAACGAUUUCAAUAUGGCAGCAUUAGAAUACUUACCUAUGUGGGUUGUUUUUAGAAGGGAAAAUGCAUUGUGUUUUGUACUUCAGAAUAAAGUUUUCUAAAGGGAAA